AUUCAUUCAUUCUGAGAUAUAAUUCACUACGCCGACUUUUCAAAACAAAAUUUCAAAAAAUAGAAUUUAAAUUUAUUUUCACCCAUAUGAUUACGGUGUAGAAAUUUUCAAUGACAUCAUGUCGAGGAUUAAAAACGACACAGGCGCAAAGCCUGGCAGCAUAUAUCGAAUUGCACUUGAAAACUUUGUAACAUACAAACAAGUCGAGUUAUUUCCUGGUCCGUCGCUGAAUAUGAUUAUCGGUCCAAAUGGCACUGGUAAAUCAACAUUUGUUUGCGCCAUCAUUUUGGGUCUUUGUGGGAAAACUAACGUCAUAGGAAGAGCUAAGAAGAUUUCUGAAUAUGUAAGAAGCGGCUGUGAAAAUUCCACAAUAGAAAUCGAACUAUACCAACAACCUGGGCAGCGAAAUGUCAUUAUUACAAGAAACUUUGGUCUGAAUGACUCCUCUACCUGGUCAAUUGAUCACAAGACAGUUAGAGAAAAACAAGUGCUGGAACUUAUAGCAUCACUGAAUAUUCAGGUUGACAAUCUAUGCCAACUGUUGCCACAAGACCGUGUUCAAGAUUUCUCCAAAAUGGACCCACAGCAGUUGUUACGGAGUACUUUAUCUGCUGUCAGUGGUCAGGAAAGUGUCACUCAACUGGAAGAGUUGAUCAAGUGCAGAGAUCAACAAAGGGGGUUGUCAACUAAACUGGAAAAUAACACUCAGUUGAUGCAAGAGCAAAUUAGACUUAAUGAGAGACUCAAACUAGUUAUUGACGCAAUGAAACAGAGAAGAGAAAUAGAACAUCAAAUAGAGAUAUGUGAAAAGAAAAAACUGUGGAUAGAAUACCAAGAGUUACGGGAGAAGGUUAUGGAAUGUACGAAUGAUAAAAAACAAACUGUCAAGUUAUACAAUAGCCACAAAACUAAAAUUGAACCUUUGGAGAAGGCAUUGGAAAAGGCCAAAAGUAGUAUUAAUAGAAUGGAACAACAAAAAUUAGCAGCUAGUCGCGAAGUCCACACAUUGAAAGAUAGAAUAAAAGAAUCAAUGGAGGCUGCACGUAAUCACGAAUAUAUGAUUAAGGAUAUAGAAGCGUCGUACCAAGAGAAGCUAGAAAGAUAUAAGAACAGAGAACGGGAGCUACAAGAAGCUAGAGUGAAGUUGGACAAGUUGGUUACAGAUGAAAGGGUAUUGAAGGAGAAAGUUGGAGAUGAAAGCUCUGUGAAAAUGGAGUUGGCAGAGUUAAAAAAAAUAGUAACAAAGACGAACGCUGCAUUGGAAAUGCUUAAGAAACAAAAGUUGGAGGUGCAGUACGAUCUUGAGAACAACGUAGUACCACAAAUACGGCUUUAUCAGAAUAAAAUACGUAACCUAGAAGAUGUAAGUGUGAAACGUCUAGAAACUCUCCGUUUGUACAGCGAGGAUUGCUACAAAGCAGUAAUGUGGUUUCGCGAGAACAGAGACAUGUUCCAGGCACCUGUGUACGAACCCAUGAUGUUAGAGAUCAACUUUACAGAUCCAAAGUUCGCCCGUUACCUAGAAUCAACGGUGCCCGCUCGCGACCUAGUGGCUUUCACGUUCGAAUCUAAGCAGGACAUGAAUUUGUUCCUGCAAAAAGUUAGAAUUGAGGGUAAUUUGAAAAGGGUCAACGCCAUAUGCAGCCAAGGUGGAAAAAUGAAUAUACCUCAAAGGGAUAUACAGCAGUUAAGCUACCUUGGUUUCUACACGUACCUUAUCGACACAAUAACAGCGCCGGACGCGAUCAUACGCUACCUGUGCAAGCAGUACUCAAUACACAGGAUACCCAUUGGCAACGAUCACACGUACAAGAACAGCGGCAAGGUGCCGAAUGACAUCACAUACUUUUAUACUGCGAACCACCGCUUCACUGUCCGCGUGUCCGCGUACAGCGGCGCCAAGUCCAGCUCCACCAUCGAGAUCCGUCCCGCGAAGCUGCUCGCCAAUUCACUCGACGUCGACCAGCUCACCAACUACAACACACAGAUAGCAAAUUUCGAAGCAACCGCACAAGGUCACAGAGACAGGAUCAGGGUUCUGGACAGCAAAUCGGACACGCUAGAGGAGAAUUUAAACGAGCUGAACACCAGACGGAAGAGGAUCAACGAGGGCUUCGAAAAAGUGCAUGAAAUUGGCUCCCAAAUCCGUUUGCAAAAGAAGAAAAUCCAAGACAUAGAGAACGAGCCAUUCUUCAACAUUCAGCAAGAGAGGGGCCGGUGUAAGAGAAAACAAAGGGACUGUGUCUUGAAACAGUGUAAACUGCAACAAGAGAUCUGUGAUGACAUGAAGAGGUUGGAGUCCGAAGUACUCAAUGGACAAAUGUGGAAGGUAAAACUGGACUUCAGCAGAAAGGCGAUAGUCCAACAGGAAUCUGAACUACGGGAACUAAAGACCGAACUCAGCAACGUCCAAGCUACUCUAGAGAACAUCGAGAAUGUUCUAACACGUGCCAAGUCGACCGCAAAAGAGAAAUUGCUAGAAGCGAAGCGUGGUUGCGCAAACAAGUUGCCCCACGAAGCGGACUUCCCCUACAAGAAGGAGUUCGAUGAACUGCCCUCUGAUUUGAAUAAAUUGCAAGAGUAUUGUUAUGAAAUGCAGACGAGGAUGGACUGUAUGGAUAAAGGGGAUGAACAGGUUAUAAAGGAAUACGACGAGAGAGAAAAGUUGAUUGCCAAACUGAAGGCCGAAGUGAAUAACUCGAGCGAUGUCAACAAAGAAUUGGAUAUUAAGAUGAAGCGAAUCAGUUCACAAUGGUUGCCGCCACUACUGGAGCUACUGCGCGAUAUCAACCGUAACUUCGGAGAUAUGUUCGCCAAAAUGGGUUGCGCCGGCGAGAUCAAGCUUGACAAGGGGGGCAGUGACGAGGACUACGACAAGUACGGCGUGGCGGUGCUGGUGAGCUUCCGUCGUGGCGAGGAGUUGCGGCGGCUGACGCGGCACGCGCAGUCGGGCGGCGAGCGCGCGCUCGCCACCGCGCUGUUCCUGCUCGCGCUGCAGCAGCUCGCCACCGUGCCCUUCCGAUGCGUGGACGAGAUUAACCAAGGCAUGGACCCCAUCAAUGAGAGGAAGAUGUUUUCCUUACUAGUUAAAGUGACCACCGAGUGUGAUAAUGCACAGUACUUCUUAUUGACACCAAAGUUGCUGACAAAUUUAGAAUACAACUCCAAGAUCAUGGUCCACACCAUCAUGAACGGGAAGGCCAUCAUGAAUUAUAGAAAAUGGAAAUACGAUAAGUUCAUUGAAAACGCACCCAACUACAGAAUGUAAAAUUUUCCUGUAUGUUUUAAGUAUUAUACUACUUCUGAAAUCCACGCGUACAAAAUAGCGGGUAGUUUGAAUGAAGUUUCGCCAAGAGGUCAAAAACAGUUAAUUGCACGUAACUUUAAUCGACAAGUUGAACUUUUUAUGAAAUGUUCAUAGUGAGAGUUAGCAUGAGUGUAUUUUUUUUUAAUGGAUGAUAAUAGAAUAGUAAUAGUAAUAUAGUAACCUCGCCUGCACUAUUGGGGUACCAGUGAGUGAUGAUAGGUGACGAUAAAAGCAGGUUAGUUAGCCCAUCGUGACGAAUUCAACAAUAAAUCAAUCACGAUGGUUUACAGGGGGAACCGCGUGGAGGUCGACCUGAUAGGGUAUAUUGCUGGCAAUAGGAUUACUAAUCUUCAUUACUGACAAAUUUAUUAAAUUUCUAAUAAAUUUAAGUGUGAUUGUCCAUUAAACAGUAAUUUCACGAAACUAUAAAAAAAAAACUGCUCUACCUGCUGUCGUUGAUGAUAUUUUCCACUUUGGGUGUUGCUGGAAGAAAACUCUUUUAGAGUUAAGCUCGCCUUUGUACAUUUACUUAGCUCUGUUAUAUUUUUUAUAUAUUAUCUAUGUGUACAUUAAAGUAUAGAAUAAAUAAAUAAAAUACUAGGUUGUGAGGUAAUUUAUAGAAAUAGCGUUUAUUGCAAUCGAUUACAAAGAGUUCUUCUCUAAAACCAAUACAUUCAGUUUGAUGAUAAUAUCCAAAGGGAGAGUUUGUACAAGUCGUCUGUAUGGGUAUUGGGCACUUCUGUCCCAUUCACGUUUAUACCGUUAAGCAGACAUGCUUCCAUGGUUGUGUUUCACUUUCAAGGGUACGAUACAAUAUAUAUAUAUUUGAAAACUGAAUGAUUACAAAGAGUUCUCUAAAACAAACGCUUUCAGUUUGAUGAUAAUAUCCAGAGUGAGGGUUUGUACAAGUCGUCUGUAUGGGUAUUGGGCACUUCUGUCCCAUUUAUGUUUAUACCGUUAAGCAGACAUGCUUCUAUGGUUGUGUUUCACUUUCAAGGGUAUGAUACAAUAUAUAUAUUUGAAAACUGAAUAAAAAGCAAUACUUUUGCAUUUACUGUUGUUAAUUUAUCUUGUAAAUAUUAUUAAAGUAACAUCAAUAGUUUUUAAUUUAACAAUUCAAGAUAUAGUUUCGACGGUUUCGUAUAGGAUUUUAUUUCGAAUUUUCCUUCUCUUGCAAUGAUUUAUGGUUUUUUUAACUCUUUAGUUGGCUCUUAUGACAUCCUGGUGAUGAAAAGAAAUGAUGACAAAGUGCACGGGGUUUAGUGUGUAGUAUUGUAGAAAUUUAAGAAACAGGCGUAACAUAUCCCCCGCCUUGAAUUAUGACCAAUUUAUUUUAGUAGUACAAUCUAAUGUAUUUUUACUGGAUUAUUAUAUAGACUUAUUUAAAAUAAUACCAAAAGAGAUAUCCUAGACAAAUCUCUUUCUUUUUUUAAAUAUUUGUAAAUACGUAGGUAUUAACAUAGUAUGUCAAUGUUUUUUCUAAACUCAUACUGUAUGUACGAGUCGUGUAAUUAUAUGAACUUUUUGUCUGUCAAUUUGUUGUUAUAUAUAUUUUUUUUACUAUAAUAUAAAAAUAGCUCCAUGUUUUAUUCAGAAUAUUAAUUAUUUUCCUUCAGGUUAAGAAACCUGACCGAGACAAGAGAUUAACUAGUAAACUAACCUUACUAUGAGAUAGAACGCUAUUGCUGUCUCAUUUGAUCUUAAAUUGCAUUUAAGAUUUUUCACUUGCCUGAAAGCCCAGAGUUAUUAUGAGACAGAAAGCUAAUGCUGUUUUAUUCUAUCUCAAAACGCAUUUAAUAGAUAUGCCACUUGCUAAAAAGGCUCGAUUGUAAACUAGUUAUAUAUAUUGUUUUUUAAUAUUUUUUUUUAUGAAGGAAUAAUAUAAUAAUGGCAAAUCACAAAUUUUAAAUUCUUUGUAAUUAUUACUAGGUAUUAUUUUGUAUAAUUGUUUUUUAUUAUGCAAUUGUAAUAAAUGAACGUUUUAAACGUUAAAAAUAACGUCAAAUAUAUUUCAAAUGUUAUAAUUAAUAAUGGUACAAAACAAAUUUUAAUGUAAUUUAUAUUUUUAAACAAUAAAAAUGCUCAUUUAUUGAAAUUCUCUGUUUGUUCUGUAAUAAACUAGAUGGCGCCUUAGGUUUGUUUUCCAUUUCAAUUAUUUUAUACAAUAGAAAAAAUUAUCAUACUCAAAAACAAUCUUAGUAUUUAAAUACACUAUUUAUUUAUUUAGGUUCACAUACAACUUUUGCAUUUUACAUGCUACUUAAUCAAUAACACAAAAAAUAAUUUUGCCUAAUGUAAAAGUCUUUUACAGGCGAACACCACAUGCACUAUUAUAAUAUUUAAUAAUUAUUGAACAAUGACAAUAACAAUAUCUGAAUAAUAAGUAGAUCAAGAACUUAUGUCUAAGAUUUUCCUCAAUAAGUUAUAUAUCGGAAUUAUUGGUACUAUCGGAAUAUAACGCGAUGAAAAAUUUACAGGUAAAUAGUACCUACAUACCUGCUUCUUUAUUGCUGACGUUUCGACGGAUUUCAAUGAUUAUUUUUAACUACUAACUCUUAAUAACUAUUGCAGUAAGAUGUUACAUUAUCCAAUAAGAUUCUUACUAAGCUGCCAGCCAGUGCAACGUUGAUUUUCUUAAUAAAAAGAAACAUAUAUGGGAAUAUCAAAUGAACAACAUGAAAAACGUUUAAGAGAAAGAAACACAAAUUGUAAGAUAUAUAUAAUAUCUCAAAAUUUGUUUGUUACAUUCAAUAUAUCUUUGAAAAAUGAAACUGGUAAGGUAUUUAGUGUUUAACUAUUGGAAAAUGCCACUUUGUAAAAUAAUAAUGUUAAAAUAUUGAAAAUUGCUAAAACUAUUUUUAAUAUUUAAUAUAAAUAGAAUAAUCAAUCAAUAUACAUUAUAUACAUAUACAUAUA